AUGAAUAUCAACAUUAAUAUUUUGAUUCCUUUUCAUCUAGGAAAAGUUUUACACAGCCAUUUUUACCGCUACCCAGAGGCCUUCUCUUCCUCCUCAGUAGUUCUUUUAGGCGCAGGUCCUUCUGGGUUGGACAUUGCCAUAGAACUGGCUCCUCAUGUAAAGCAGGUCACCUUAAGCCACCAUGGCCCUCCGUUUAAUUGGGCCCCAUUAGAAAAUAUGGCUUUUGCUCUUCCAGUGGUAAGUGCCACUCCUCAUACUUUGAUUUGUGAGAAUGGGAUCCAGUUGAAUGCAGACACCCUUAUAUACUGCACUGGUUAUAAAUAUCAUUAUCCAUUUCUAUUGCUUGAGGAGGGGCAGAAUUUUCUGGAAGGUAUUAAUAAGAGUCUGGAAGGAAUCGGAUCUCCUUAUGGGCCUGAGCAACGACAGGCAACAAAUAUGGGGCUUCAGAAGUCUGACAAAAGUAAACAACUGUUGAAAGCCGAGACAACAAAUUUAGGGUUACUAGAAGAUGAAAAGCUUUUGUUGCCUGAUAAUGGACAAGGUCACAUACCACCAUUAUAUAAGCACCUUUUCCAUGCCCGGUACCCCACCAUGUGCUUUAUCAGUGUCUGCAAGAUAGUGGUUCCCUGUCCAAUGUUUCACUGCCAGGCCCUAGUUUUCAUUUCUUUCCUUAAGGGGAAAUAUCAGUUACCACCAUCUGACCAAAUGCUUAUUGAGUGCCAAGAAGAACUGAGGAACUACUUGAAGUCAGGGUUCCCAGUCAAAUAUCUGCAUCGCUUGGACAACCAGCAAUGGGAGUAUAAUGAUUGGCUUGCAGAAAUGGGUGGUUUUGAACCAUUGCCACCUGUGCUAGUGAAGCUUUUUAAUGCAUGUCGUGCAUUCCGGAAAUCUAAUCCUUCUUUAUACAGAGACAUACACUUUGAAAUCAUUAACAGAGAUGACUUCAAAAUAGUGUCAUAUGGACGAUUUUCAACCCUUGAGAAAGCUAAAGAUCUCAACACUUCUACUCACAACACCAUGUCAGGGCAGUGA